CGGCUGCUUGGGAGAGGCGAACGCAUCGGGGCGGAUGUCCACUUCACUUUUCCCCGGGUGUUGUCUGUCUCCCCGGCGCACACUCACGGCUGCUUCCAUCUAUCCAUGCAGUUCACUUCAUUGUACUGAAUGUGCUCAUCAAUUAGGCAAGAAUUAAGCCGUUUUAGAUGUUAUAUUGUCUUUUAGCGCUUCGAAGAGGAUUGUAAUCUGCGGAACGAGGCGCAGAUAAGUUUUCAGUGCGGGAAAGCGGAGAGAAACGAAACACAGCCAUGCCCUCGGUGAUGGAGCGCUCGGGGUCCGGGGUCCUGUCCAGGAGCAGAGCAAAGACUGUAACCAACGGCAACAGCCAACCACACUCUGAAGAGGAGAGCAGCGAUGAAGAGCAUGCUCAUGACAGUAUGAUCCGAGUGGGGGGAGACUACCAGGCUCAGAUCCCAGAGUUCAAACCAGACAGUCCAACCCGCUACAAUGAGAAGGACGAGAGGAGCAUGUUGGUCUGGCGUCCCAACAGUCAGCUUUCUGAUGCAAUGUUGGACGAGUACAUACUGAUGGCUAAAGAGAAACACGGAUACAACAUGGAGCAGGCCCUGGGCAUGUUAUUAUGGCACAAACAUGAUGUGGAGCGCUCUCUAGCCGACCUGGCCAACUUCACCCCGUUCCCAGACGAGUGGACAGUGGAGGACAAAGUGCUGUUUGAGCAGGCCUUCAGCUUCCACGGCAAGAGCUUCCACCGCAUCCAGCAGAUGCUUCCAGACAAGCUGAUCGCCAGCCUUGUGAAGUACUACUACAGCUGGAAGAAGACCAGGACCAGGACCUCUGUCAUGGACCGACAGGCCAGGAGGCUGGUCAGCAAGAGAGAGAAAGACGACAGUAAUGAUGAGAUUGAGGAAGGAGACCCUGGCAGUGACAGUGACUUUGAGAUUGACGCCAAGAAAGAGGCAGUCAAACAGAAUCCCAACAAUGCCAACACUGACAAGGCCACCCCCAGUCGCUCUGGGCCGGUGAAGAAGGAAAAUAUCGGAGCGCAGUAUCGCCACCACCCGCUCAGAGCCCGCCGCAGGCCACCUAAAGGCAUGUACCUGGAGCAGGGAGACAUCAUGUCGGUGUCAGCUUCCCACAAUGCCGGGGUGCUUACUAUACGACAGCUGGACACACAGUUGGUGUCACUCAAGAGACAGGUCCAGUCUAUUAAACAGAACAACAGUAGUUUAAAACAGAGCUUAAAUGAAGGUGUUGACACUUUCAAACCAGCUGAGCCUGUCCCUAAGAUGAACUCUCGAUGGACCACAGAGGAGCAGCUCCUGGCUGUGCAGGCUAUCCGUCGCUAUGGCAAAGACUUUGCAGCCAUUGCGGAGGUGAUUGGCACCAAGACACCAGCUCAGGUGAGUUCCUUCUUCGUGAGCUACCGGCGCAGGUUCAACCUGGACGAGGUGCUGAGGGAGUGGGCCGCCGAGCAGGUGGCCACCAGCCGAGACCAGAGAGACCUCCGGAGGAGCAGCGAGGACGUGGCUGCAGAUGGAGCGGCCGAGGAGGACGAGGUCAAAAUGGAGGACUCCCCAUCGGACGCCGCGAGCGGCUCCUCGCCUGCCUCCUCCACCCAGACCCCCUCCUCCCUCUCCCAGCCUCCUCCACUGCUGCGCCCUGCGCCUCCCGCGGCUCCCCCCAGCCUCCUGCGUCAGCCGCCGCCUCUGCAGACACGCCCGCUCCAGAACAGAGCGCCCCAUAACCACCCCCCCCCUCCGCUCAUCCGACCCGCAGUAACCACCUCAUCCUCCACCGGGAGCUCCAGCCUCAGGGCUUCUCCUCCCAGCUCCUCCUCUGCUGCAGGGCAGCUUCCUCCAUCGCUGGUCGGGCUCAAAGUUGAGCAGCCCAACUCACACUGACACACACCCACACCCAGAAACACACACACACACACACACACAUCCCGAACAACACAAAAAGAGACACUGGAUCAUCAAGCUGUUGAAGAGAGAGAGCGCGGAACACACCUGCCUGUUUCCAUGGAAACUGCUGAACAUCUGGAUGGCGGAGGAGUAUGGUUUAACACACUAUAUAUAUAUAUAACACACACACACACACACACACAAACACUGUAGGUUCCACUGGGUAGGUAUCAAGUUAUUGAACCAACCUUCAGGUAAAUAUGAAGUGUGAGGGACAGGAAGUGUGAGCCCAACCUGCUCCUCCUGACAGGUCCUGCACAUUAGAAAGCCGUUAGGAUGGAAAUCAUGUGAAGAAACAGGCUUCUUGUACGUGAGCUUUGCUUUAAAACUCGGACCCUCAGAGGAGCGAAAGACAGUUAUUUUUCAAAUGAACAGGGCUUUGCUCUCGAAGCUGUGCUGUAACUUUACUGUUAUGGCUGUCCAUAGAGCUAGAGGUGGAGCUCCCUCUGCUCGCAUAGCCAUGUAUUACUAGUAUUAACUGGAGUGAUUGAUGUUCUCCCUGUUUUUUUUGUUUGGACUAGACAUUCAAAGUGAGCCCUGGGUAGGCAGUUAGUUAUUGUAAGUAGUUUAGAUAGUGUAUACUUUAAUACUAUGAUGAUGAUUAUUGACUAAGCACUAAGGAGAAAAGGAGCCGUUUAGCACACAUAAGUGGACUUUUCCUCACAUUCUAAGAUUGCUGCAGCGUGUUUUCCACUGGCUCAGUGUCGCAGUUCAUUACUUUGGGGGAAUAUUUUCAGUAGCCAAGCGCUAACACCGGCCGCCGUUGCGAGCAACUGAGCACGUUAGCCUUUGUGGAAAACAGAAAGCAGGUUUACGAAGGAAAGGGGACACCUGAUUUGUCCGACCUCCGACAGAUAACCGCACACUGAAUCCUCUAAAGGAUCACAGAAUUUCCAUGUUUCCAUUGGGAAAUGCCCGUAUACCCUUUCCUGCUGAGAAGAUUGAUAACACUCUGGUGGCUGUAUAGUAAAUGUGAAGCUACUGCCAGCCAGCUAACUUAGCUUAGCACAAAAAAUGGAACAGGUGAAACAGGUGACAUCCACCAACCAGCAUAACUAAUUUGAUAAUGUUUGUUUAAGCCGUACAAAAACGUCAAAUGCGUUUUCAGGUUUUUUAUUAUUUUUAUUUUGUUUUGCCAGAUGGUUCUUUCAGUUUGUGACCAGUUACUUUGUGGAGUAUGUGCUCGUUCUAACCAGUAAGUACUUUUUAUCAGGUGUUCAUCAGGGAGCUUUAGGUGUGCUGGUCAGUGGAUAAAGUCACCUUUGGACAGGGCCAGGCUAGCCAGUUCUAUUUAUGCUAAGCUAAGUUUAGCUAAGCUCUAGUUCUGAUGUCCCUGCUUGUGUUCCGGGCUCGUGGUGACAACAGGAGCAAAUGACUGACUGAUUUACUGACGUGGUUGCUUGUUGUCUCGGUCCCGUGCAGAAUAUAUUGCCUGUCGAGCAGAUCUCGGAUCAGUCAGGUCAUGGAUAAACCUCUUUUUCUUUUUAAUCUGUGCGCAGUGCUUCUUCACUGCGUUCAGCCCAGCACGACACUGAGCAGCCCAUCACUACGUUUAGCUUUAAAGUGGCUUACGGUUCUUAUUUGAUGGACUUGGUUUUUGCAGUAGUCCUUCCUACAAAAAUUGCUUGUGCGUACUGUAUGUGAGAAGCUGUUUACAUUGUGGAAACUGAACUGUUUGUGUUUGAGAACUGUUUUCUUAGAAUAAAGAGAUGACCAAAUAG